CCUUCCCUGGCGCCGGGCUUGCCCGGAGCGCCCUCCGCCUCUCUCGGCCCUCCUCCCCCUGCUCCUCCUCCAGCCGCUCGCCGGCUCCAGCCGCUUUCGGCGGCCGCCUCCUCCUCCUCCUUCCCUCCUCGGCUCGGCUGCUGACUCAGCCACAGGGAAAACUCAAAGGGCAGUUCGCCUGCCUGCCUCCCGCCGCUCUCUCGGCAGUACGUGCGGGGCGAGAGCGGCCUUUGACGCGCCCCACUCCGCCGCCAUGGGCCCCUCGCCGGGAGCGGGCGCGUGAAGCGGGCGCCCGGGAGACAUUUCUCGCGCUCUCCUCCGCCGCGCAGCCGCCGACCUCAAAGUUGCUCCCCGGACUUCGCCGCCUCGCUCCGCGGGAAGGGGCGCCGGGCAACAUGACAGCCAUCGCAGUGCAGGCCCAGUGGUUACUCACUCGUAGAAGACGGACAAGAUCGUUUUUUGAGAUGUUCAUCAGGAGCCUGAUUAUCCUCUGCGUUGCGAUAGCCAUCGUCCUGUCCUCCAUUGCUGUGUGCGAUGGGCACUGGCUUUUUGCCAAGGGAAAGCUCUUUGGACUGUGGCACUUCUGCACAGUCGGGAACAAUAGCGCCCUGAAAUGCGCCACUGAUCUCACGUUGGCCAACAUUAGAGGGAUCAACGCAGGAAUGACUUUUGCGAGAAGUCUGGUGUCUUUUGCUGUCGUCGCCGCAAUCUUUGGCCUGGAACUUCUCAUGGUCUCCCAAGUCUGUGAAGACGUCAACUCCAGGAAGAAGUGGUCGAUGGGAUCAAUCCUCGUUCUUCUCUCGUUCCUGCUCUCAUUCACUGGAGUUCUGAGCUUCUUAUUCCUUCUGAGGGACUACAUCACUCUCACGGGUUUCACCCUAACCUAUUGGUGUGAGUUCAUUUCUGCCUUCCUUUUCUUCCUGAAUGGAAUCAGUGGACUUCAUCUUAACAACAUCACAUUUCCGUGGAAUAGAAUGAGAAAAAAUUAAAGAGUGGUGGAUAUUAGCUUCACCAGAUACACAGAAAAGUAAACUGAGGCCUUUCAAAAGGAGACCAAGUUUUCUUAGUGUACGUUAAGAGAAAACAUACGAAAUGGGUGUCUCCAAGAUCACUUGAUAAUGGAUGCUGGAUACUGGAAGUUGGCUAUUAUGACCUGCUUGUAUUUUGAAUGAUGUAACUCUCCACAGAAAUGGAAGAGCAAAAGACUGGUCUCCUUUGUUUAAAGCUCAUUCAUUUAAAGGUGGCCCAGUAAAAGCAAAACAAACUUGGUUUGCUGGUUUUAAUGCUAUUUAAGGCGCAUCCUUACUGUAACCUAUCUGGAGUUCUUAGAUUUAUUAAUCAAAAGCCCCAAUCAGGUCACAGUAAAUUGUGACUUAAUCUUAUUAAAACCAAUAGGUCAGAUUGUCAGGACUAAGAAAUCUCACUGGAGGUCAUACUCAGUAUCCAAGUGAGAAAAGGUUGUAAAUGUGCUUUGUCCUUUUCAGAAAACUUCAUGGUUUCAUUUUUGCACAUCAGCUGGGAUCAAGAUUAGGAUCAUUUGUACUAUGCAAAAUGUUGGGAAUGCUAACUAGGGCCUCACCUCCAAAUUCAAAUAAUUUGCAUUUUAGCAUAACUUGUUCAAAAAACAUUAUAUGGGCUUUGCUCCUUGUUGUUUCUGCCAUGAGAGUAUAACUGAUUUAUAUGCAAUACCAACAUUUCAACAAACCAGCUGUGCACUGUGGAGAUUAUUGCUCUCAUCUGAACUGUAGCUCCCAUGAAGCUUUUUUAUGGUGACAAUUUGGUUUCACGAGAUACAGGGCUUGUCUUGCAUCUCACCACAUUCUGGUGUCUCUCUUAACCGCUUUCCAGGUGGGAAAGGAAGAGAUCUCAGGCCAGAGUGCAAGAGGUGGCUGGGCUGCCCUGGAAUGGAUUUCAGUGGCUUUCCAGAUGUGGUUGGACUUCAGUUCCCAUCAGCUGCUGCUGCCAGCAUAGCCUGUGGUCAGGAAUGAUGGGAGUUGUAGUCCAGCAAUACAUAGAGGGCCACAGGUUCCAAGUUUGUUCCAAUGACAGCCCAGCCGCAUCUCCUACCUGGAAACAGGAUGGCUUUGAAGGGGAACCACAGGAAGGCGCAUUGAUGGAGACGGACAUAGACAACCAGACUUUGGUCAUCAUGACAAAGCUGCUUGACUGAUUUGAACCACAACAAGGAGCCUAAUGAUGGUAGGUAUACUCUUAACAACACCGGCCAAAUGAUAAAAUAACACCUGCAGUAUUCAUUUGGUUCAGUAUAAGAGAUUUUAAAAGAAACUUCCAUAAGAUGUCCACCUUUAAUUUUGUAACAUUCAGGCACCCCUGUUGCUGGAGAGCAACACAGAGAAUCAAAAUGCUUAAUAUAUGGGUUGCAGUCAUCUCUCACAUGGCUGGAAUUUAUGCUAUAUAAUUUAAUAUUAUGUCUAAUUGUUAUUUCUUUCAUUCACGAAUAGCAAGCAUGGACCCCAGUCAUUUCUAUCUUAGAGUAAGCAUCUCUACGAAUAAGUAUUAUUCUCCCUCUCCCUUUUUCUUCACUUGAUUCCACAAUCUCAUUAUGUGGCCAGAUGGGUUAGAAUGAUUUCAAUUAUAGAAUAUCCACAACCCUCAUUGUGUUGGAGCCGAAGAAGUGAAUUGGGCAGCUCAGCAGCAACAAAGGCACUUUGCCGCAGAGAGGCAGAGCUAUCUGCCCAAUAUAUUGUUAAAAGAGGUCUUUGCUACUCAGAGUUAAUGAG